AAUAAUUUUGCGUCACACACUUGCAUUGCGACAGAAGAAAACAAGGGUUGAAGUUGUAGUGCAAUUUGCAUCAUAUUUUGGAAGCAAAAGGAGUAAAGUUUCAAUUUUUUCACAAUUAACUACCACAAUGAAGUGGGCAUUUAAAGAGGAGCAUUCCUUGGACAGCAGAUGCCAGGAGUCAUCGAAAAUAAGGAAUAAAUAUCCAGACAGAAUUCCGGUUGUUGUGGAAAAGGCUCCAAGGUCAACUAUUCAAGAUAUUGAUAAGAGAAAAUUUCUGGUCCCUGCAGACCUCACAGUUGCUCAGUUCAUGUACAUCAUAAGGAAAAGAAUCCAACUGGCUCCUGAGAAGGCAAUGUUUCUCUUUGUAAACAAAGUUUUGCCAGUCACCAGUGCAACAAUGGGAGCUAUUUAUGAUGAGCACAAAGACGAGGAUGGAUUUCUUUAUAUAGCAUACAGUGGCGAGAACACCUUUGGAAUGUAAAAUGCACCAAAGGGUUCCAAAAACUUGAAUUUCUUAUGGAUGAUGUGAAUUUGAAAAUGCCUGUUAUUAAGUAAAUUAUCAAGGAGCGGUGUUGCCUAAUGAAUUGGACCUUAUUAAUUUUAAGACUUUCAAAAUAGAAUUCAAUCUGUUGCAAAUAAGUUAGGUAUACACUAUGUUAUCAUAACAUUGUACAUUGAACAAUGCAAUUCCAUUAAUUUUUUUGAAAACAUAAUCUGUUUAUAUUAUUAUAGAGUAUUAAAGAAAAACAGCUGUCAGAAA